UCCUUGCUGUACAUGUAGAGAGUUGGGAAACGCAGCCAGCGCGAUACUCAUAAAGGCAGGCGACAGACGAGCAUUUUUAUCGGCGCGCGAAUGCAAUUACUCGCGUGUGCACGUGUGUAAUGAACUGUUUGUAUGCCUUGGCACUUGCCUUUCGUGCUGCAGCUGCUGCUUUAGUGAAGCUGUGCGAGCGCAUCGUAGCGCUUACAAACACACACGCCGUUAUGUCGCCCAACUGGCCACAAAGUCGGAGCCGUUGUGUCGAACAGUUUGCCAGCGAUUGUCGUGUGAAAAGGACGUGCUAACGGGAAAAAUCGGUAAUGGUACAACAUCGUACGUUUUACGCUCGGUCGCGUCGUGCAGUUUUCUAAUGGAAUACACUGCUAAUCCAGCUAAGUGUACAAGUGAAUAGCCAACUGGAUUUUGUGAUAAAGCUUGAAAGAAAUGAUCGAAAUUCAAAUAUAAUAAAUAAUAAAAUCGGCUUGUGCAUUGAAAAAGUGUUUCAAGCAUUCAAUCGAGUUUAAAAAGAUAUUUUUAAAAAAACAUGGACGAAGAUACUUAGAGAACUGAAAAUGUACUGAAAAUAACCAAAAAUGUACUUAACUUACUACAACCAAAUAUUUGACUAAAAAAGGUAAAAUUUUUAUAGCGAAAAGUGUAAUUUGUGAAAAUUGUUUGGUGGUGAUAUAAAAAAAUUACGUGUGGAAACUUGAACAUAUGUGAAACAUAAAAGUAUACAAUUUCGAUAUUACAGAAAUAAAACAAAUUAUGCGCAGAACAUAAAAAAUAAUAAAUAAAAUAAUAUAAAUUGUGCAAAAAUUUUUUGAAAUAAUAAACAGGACAAAGUGCUUGAUAAAAGCGCUGAAAGUAUGCAACCUUAACUCGAAUAACAAAACACGCGUUGGUCGUUUUGCUGUUCGAAUUUCCGCUUGAUGAGUUACGCCAACUAAUGCCUGCAUUUUGCAACUUCAGCUUAAGCUGUGCUUAAGCUCCACUAAUAUAGCGCUAAGGUGAAUAUAUGUAUGUAUGCAGAAAAAAAUCUAAAUGAAACACUGGAGUAUAAGUGGAAACUAAUAAUUACAAAAGCAAAGCCGGAAUGCAAACAUAAUAAAUAUAGUAAAAAGGCAUAAAAAAUUCUGCAAUAAGCAAACAACAAAAGUAGGCUAACAAGCGAUAAACAAAACAAAAGUGAGUUAUUAAAAAUUAUGUAAAAAAGCGUCUGUGAGCAAAUGCUGCUAAUAAAUGCGAGUACAGCGAAAAAUAAAUAAAGUGAAAUUAAAAAAAAAAUCGCUAACUGAAAAUUCCGCAGUGAAUGAAAGUGCAAAAAAAGUUAAAAUAAAUGCAAAUUAAUUAAAACGACGUGUGUGCAAAAAAAUCGCAAAGCAAAUACAUUCGCAGCAAAUAGACGAGAGAAAAAGUGACCCUCCCAGCUCAACUCAACUCAACAACUCAAUUACAAGCAGCCACCGCUAAGCGCCAGCAAAGCAAAAAGAUAAACAAAACCUACAUUCACAAUACUGCUGCAGCACUCUGCACCCCCUCCACCCCCACAGCUGCCUCAGCACACGCACUAGACGCAAUCAAUGCCCACUAGACAAGCGCGCCGCUCCAAAGUGCACUCGAAGUUUACACAACUGCACCGCUAAAGCUCUACGCUCCACACUCCUCUCCAUUCCAGCUGCAGCAGUCAUUUGUAAAACUCAAAAAAUAAUUCAAGUAAAUAAAAAAAUCUUUGCAUAUAUUUCUGCUUGCACUAUUUAACUACGCGCUCACUAUCCUGGCGCAUCUACGAGUAGCUCGGUAGCUCGACGCUUAAAAGGGAAUAAAACGCGAAACGAUAAUUUCAGAAAAGCCUCUACCUACUUUAGAACCGAGCAACAUCUUUACAUUUUCGCCGUAUAUCAGAAAACACAACCUUUUAAAGAAAACUGUACAAAAGAGGUGCCAAACUCAACUAAAUUAAAAUUAUUGCUGUUGGAAUAAAUAUUUCAAAAGUACAUAACUAUAACUGUAUAUAAUUAUAACUUGCAAACUUGCAUUGUUAUAAGGGUAGUUUGAAGUCUGGGGAAAACUUCGAAGCAAUCUAAUAGGCUACAACAACAAAUCGCAGUCUGUAAGUGAUGAAGUCAUGAGACCGACAUUUGAUCGACGCCUCUGGAUAUUACUGUACAUUUUACUAAUACAAUGUAUUGUUAUUACAAAUCAGCAAAACAUCAUCAAAUCACAGAAUUUCCACCUACAACAACAGCCGCACUACAUCUACGUAGGCGCACGCCGAGACGGUCAAACUGUCGCGGCGUCUGCUUCAGCGUCGGCGUCGGCGGCAUCUACAGGUCACAGCAUAUCAACAGCACAUCGUGUGACAAGCAGCGAAACCGUUCCGUGGAAAUCAGUAGCUGACAAUAAGCUGCCAGUGUCUCAGCUAGUUGUCGACGAGCAGCAAAAAAAACCAACCCUACAAAAAUGUGCCAAAUUUAAUUGUGUCGCCGUCGAAAAGACAAAUGUGGGCGCACAACACUAUGCAUCCACUCUUUCCUCUUCAAACUCUGCGCACUCUCUUGCAGAUGCUGCGUUCAGCAGUCAAGCAACAAAAUCAAAUAACUACAAUUAUAAUAGCCAAAUACGACAAGAACAUUUGCAGCAGCCAUCUCAAUUGACCGCGCUGCGCACGCGUUUAGAUGCAACAGGGGCGCCUGUCCUGCGGCGUAGCGAAAAGCUUUCUGCGCUUCAAACUCCGGCCAACUUACAAGAGCGCCAUGAGGGCAAUAGUAAUAAGAAGCCAGCAGUGCAAGCGCAAUGGUCGAAGUUACUGAAGUCAAAAUCUAAAGAACAACAGAAGGUGCAUGUGGCACACAAAAGCCAACAUAAGGAGGUGAAGCUGCACCGCGCGCCUGGCGAAAUUUGGAGAGCGCGUGAGAGCGCGCAGAAACUGCGCUGGGCGCAUGAAACUAGCGCUGCCAUUAAACGUCGCCUACGACGUUCCACCGAAGCCAUAAUAUUGUUGCCUGCGCUUAAUUUGGACGUUGAUGAGCAAACAGACAGUAUGAGUGCAGAAAUACUGGACGACGAGCGUGUGCAUUUGGCGCGUCGCUCAAUUAGUUUAAGCAGCAGUGAGAGCGCCGGUGUAGCGGCUGUGAGCGCCACAACACAAGUAGAAACGUCAGCGCAUACCGCCCCUUCUUCGGCUUCCACUGACGUUGCUGUGUCUACGUCAGCUGCGGUAGUUUCUUCCUCUUCCUCGCUGACUACAUCCUCCCUCGAGGAUUUUAGUUUCUCCUCUCCCGUUGUUGAAACUCAGCCUAGCGCCAUCUAUCGCAACUUAACAACGAAUCAGUUUGUCGCCGAUGCCGCUAAACCAAUUCAAUAUGUUGCGCUCAAGUCGAAGCGCGCACGCUCGGCUGUUAGUGUUAGUGUGCCCGCCGAAGUGCUUCGUAAACCGAAAGAACCGAUUAUCAUUAUCGAUGAUGUGGAGGAAUUCGAUAGCGGUACAAAUAGUGAACACGACUUAACUGCUAUGGCCACAGUAGAUGACAAAAGCGAAGACUACUCGCACGAUGAGCCAAUUGAGCCGCGUAUGUUGCCGCUACGUCCAGUGCUGCCCAAUCCGUAUGAGGAUGAAGAAAUGUCAGUAGUUUAUGCGGAGCAACAUUCCGAGAUACGGCUGAUGUGCGAAGUGGACUUGGAUAUUGCGUCCAGCACCUGGUACAAAAAUGGACAGGUGGUACAUGCCAUGGAUCGCACCUCACGCGCCACCGAUUAUCGUUUCAUUAAAGAGCCAAAUGGUGCGCUCACCAUCACAAAUGUCAUGCUCGAGGAUGAUGGCAAGUGGCAAUGUGAGGCGGAGAAUUCGCGCAGAUACACGGAGAAUGCGAGACCCGUCAAAUUGGUAGUAUUAGAUCGCCCCAAGCCACCGUAUCUGUUGAUCGAUUCACGGCGCCUAGAUGCAGGCAAUAUUUUUGUACCGGUCAAAGAGAAUUCUGAAUUGAAUUUGGCCUGUGUGAGUGAAGGUGGCAAUCCUAAACCGACACUCACAUGGGAGGUGUUACUCAGCCCCGGCGUGGAUCGACAUGCGCAGAAAGUGUCCGCUGAAGUGUUGGAAUUGGAAGAAGUGAAGAAUGACAAGGAUAAAAACGCAUACAAAAUCAAUGGCGGCGCGAAAAGUGAAGCCCGCUUGCCUGCUGUCUACCGUGCCCAUCACAAUGCUCGCAUUCUGUGCGUCAUGGAGCAUCCGACGUUGAAGAUACGCCAAAAUGCAUCACUGCUGCUCGAUGUGCAAUACACACCUUCGUUCGCCAUUUCACGCACACCCGGUUUCGGCUAUCCACUGCGCGAAGGCAUAGAAGUUUCGCUGAAAUGCGAUGUUGACUCAAAUCCGCCGAGCACGCCUCGUUGGCAGAAGGACGAUGGUGACACGCCGGUUCCACAAACUGGUGAUGGUUUCCUGAAUUUCACAUCGAUACGUCACGAACACUCCGGCUGGUAUAAAUGCACGUCACGACAUUUGAACUUCCAAUACUCAUCGAUUGGCUAUUAUUUGAGUGUGCGAUACGAUUCAGUUGACGUCACUUCCGAGCCGGAUGAUCAGGAUAUCUCAGUCGCAGCGGCAUCACAUAAUCCCAAUAAGGGACAGUUGGAGGUGCAAUUAGGUGGCGCAGUGACUUUACAGUGUCCACAAGGUUCCUUAGGCUGCUGGUCGCAUUUAGAUCCGGUAACCGCACGCUUACGAGGUUUAGGUCACGGCCUAACCACACCCACCGGUCAAUUUUCACUCAAAGAUGUUGUCUACCACGAUGCAGGCACCUACAAAUGCAUCGGGCAAUCGCCAGCGAAUAAGAAGAAGUUGGAGGUGCUACAGACAGUGGGCGUGACGGUGAAAGGCUCUCCCACCGUAGUGGCACGCAAUUCCACACCAGUCGCCUAUCCCGGCUCGCCGCUGCAUUUAGCCGUAGAAUUCUGUGCCAAUCCCCCCGCGCAUGCCGCGCGCUGGCUGCACGGUGAUCGUGUCUACACGCCCGGCAAUCAAUAUGGCAGCACUGUACUGGCUUAUGGCGUAACGGACCUGCCCACACCGUAUUGCAAGGAGGCGCGCCUCACCUACGUCAGCAUGCACGAGCGUGUGCCGCGCACUUUCUACUUCAUCGUUUCUUCGCCGGGUGGCGUGGCCGAGGCGACAUUCAAAGUGAACUUUACCAUGCGUUAUCGCGCCGUCUCCAAUACAGUGGACGAUGAGGAAGAAGAGCUGAGCGAACCCGAGGAGAUACACUUUCCGGUGUUCGGUGCGGGUGCAGCGGCGCGUAGUGCGCGUCGCCAGCAUGACGGCGCCGGCGCUAUAGCGUGCAUACUCGCGACAUUUGUGUUGCUACUAUGCAAUGGGCGCGCACUAAGUAGGCGUGGCUGGAGUUAGGUGAUGCGGGUGUUAAUUUAGUGUUUUCUUCAAAAUAUUUUUAUUUUUAUGUUUUUUUUUUUAUUAAUUUCUAACUAAUGCAACUGCAAAACUAGCUUGUAAUGCCAACUGUAUGUCAAAAGCAAAAGUAUUAGCGAAUACUAUAAAAUCAAAUUACUACUAACGUCUAACUAUAUAUACAUACACAUAUAUAUUUAUAUAUAUAUGACUAUGCUAGAAUAUCCUAAAUCUUACUAUAUAAGCGUAUAUUUGAGCAAAAACGAAAAGAAAAACAUGAUAUUUUCCAAAAUGAAUAUGUGUGCUAUCCUAUCCUCUACUAAACUAUAUUGUAUACAUACUACAUACCCCAACUAUUACAUACAUGCAUGCUUAGUUAACUAAGUAUAUACUUAAGUACGUUAUAUACUAGCAUUGAACUAUGUAGCUCAAAACAAAAACAAAAAAAUCAAAAAUGCAUAACUUAAUCCCCUUCCGCUAACAAAGUGUAACUACUUCAGUAACUACUUACAACCUAAGAACUUGCUAACUACAUUACACAUACGUACAUUACCUAGUUAAGUGACGACUUCGGUAAUUAGUUUUCUAAGGUUGCGGACAUUUUAUGUUUAGGUUCUUGGGCUACUAAACUAACUAUCAACCUAGCAAAAGUACUUACUACUAGUUGCGUAUACAAAUAAAUGUUUUAUUAUUAGACUAGCGCAUCGGUGUUCAGAAAAGGCGUGCUUGGCGCCCAUAAGUGUGCCAAGCAUUGAGUUUAUCGCAAACUGUGUACGUACAUCAUUUGCAUAUAGCUGUAAGCCGUUAUUAAAUAACGCUUCGCCUAUUAGUUUUUAAUUUUCAAUAUUCAGCUUAUGCACCAAGUAAGCAUUGUUGUAGGCUGCAGAUUUUUGUGUGCAGUUUGUUACUACAUACCAGCGUCUAUGCUCUUGAAGGACGCUCCUGUAUAACGAAGUUGCUGCCAAAUUAAAUUAAGUAGUGUAAAAAUUAGUUUUUAUAGUGAUUUUAGUUGUAAAAUAUAUCAAAUAUAUAUCAUAACUUUUAAAAAUAUUUUGCGUACUAAGCAUUUCAAAUUUCGAAAUUUCAAAAAAUUAAAAAACAUUGUUCUGUAUAAAUUUUAAACAUAUUUUUCGAAAUAAAAAUUUCAAAUUUCGAAAUUUCUAAAAUGUAUUCACAUUUCUUUUGGGAUAUGUGCUCGUAUAUUUUUCAGUUUCAUUUAAUUUUUUCGUAUUACAUUUUUUUUUAAAUAUAUUUUUAAAUUAGUAUUUAAGUAUGUAGAUUUUAAAAUUUUAAAUUAAAAACUAUAAAUAAAAUCGUAUUGAAAUUUAUAAAAAAAAUUUUUAAUUUGAGAAUUUUUAGUGCUUUUUUAAAUUUUUCUACUUUUUGCAUAAUAAAAAUAUGAUUAUACAUUUUCGUAAAAACCAAAAAAGAUCAACAUUAUAGGUUUCUAAACUUUUAUGUAUGCUUAUAAAACUUUUUUAUUUCUUAAAACUAAUUUUAAACAAAAAACACAUUUUUUUGUGCUAGAAUUUUUUUGCAAGCUUCACAAACGUAACGUAUAGUAUUGAAUGCCUUUUUUCAUAGAUUUUAAUUCUCGUAAUUUGCAAAAUCUCCUAUCGAUCUUUUAACUACACCUGUUUUAAAAAAAACUUUUUACAUUUUAAAUAAAGACAAAUAUCACGAAUAUUAUUUCUUUUAUAAAAAUUUAAAUUGUGCGUUUUAAGUAAAAAAAACGAAAACUUGAAAACUUAAAUUUUUUAUUAAUUACUAUCUAGUAGUAUUUAUUACAUUUUUUCAAAAUUUUUAACGGAAGCUACAUAUUUCGUUAUUUUCAAAAAAACUUUUAACCAUACCUAUUUGGAAUAAAAUUUUUUUAAAUUUUAAUUAAAGAAAAAAACAUGAAAAAAUGUAAUAUGUUAUCAAACUAUCUAUAAAACUAUACAAAAUUUUAGUAAAAUUAUAUAAUUCGCACAAAUCUAAAUUUCGAAACAGUUUCAAAAUAUACAAAACCAGUUUCUUUUUCAAUAUUAUUCCCACUUUUUCAUGAACAUUUUGUAUAAAAAGCCCUUAAUAUACCAAAACUCCAAAUACUUAAGUUCACUUUGUAAAUAUAUUUGCCUCUAAAGCGAAAUGAAAAAGUUUUAAAGUUAACCGCGUGUAAUGUGUAAAAAAUUAGAUAAAAAAGAAUAAUUGCAAAAUUUAAAAAGUAAUAAUCGUUGAGUUCCCUUUUGGAAUGGUUAUUCUUUAAUAAAUUUUUAUAUCAUAAUAUAUAAAGU